AAAAAUGCGCAGGCGCAAUCCGCUAUAAUAAAUGAAAAUUAAUUCCCAAAUUGAAAACUCAAUCGCUUCUUUAAAGGCGUAGUAGCUUUCAAGCUUCAAUGGCGCACCGGCGGAAGCGGGUCCACGCAAUCCACCGUGGUCCCGACGGCAGCGCCUUCCAUAAAUGUGGGAGUUGUGGGAUUUCAGUACCUAUUGCUUUGGGUGAUAUGCACGAGUGUGAAUUCAAAAAGAAGGCGAGAAAAAAACUGAAAAUUCCAUUGGAGAAUGGUGACGUCACUGAGCAGAGUAUUCAGGAUCAGCCCCGAUCGGCUUUUCAUUUUUUCAUGGAAGAAUUUACGAAGACGUGCAAAGAUGAAAAUGAAGUUGAGAUAGAUAAGAAGGGAUUCGAGACAUGGAAGAACAUGUCGGUUGAGGAGAGGCAACCUUUUGUCGUUCAAGCAGAUAAAGUGAACUCAGCUUAUGAGAAGCUGUUGCACAAAGAGGAACAAGAGAUUCAAUGGAUUGAUGACGAGGCCGAUUCAGCUGAGGCUGGAAAUCUUGAAGAGAAUUACGAGGGCUGCGAUUUAUAUUAUGGUUCUGAAAGCUUUGAUGGAAUCGGGUUCUCCCUAUCUGGAUCACACUGGACCUUCGACUCCGAAGAUCCGUUUCGGCCGAGUUGGUUAACUAAGAAAGCUCCUUAAAAGAUAGGAGAAGAGUGGUUAUUCUUUGUUGCAGAGAUACUUGGAGGCAAGUCAUUUUGGCUAAUUGUAAUUAAUUUAAAUAUAUAUGGGAUAUUAAAAGGUAAUUUGAAGAAUUUUGGGCAAGAUUUGUGAUGUUCAGAUUCUUGUUUUCGGAAUCUAUCUAUGUAAUUAAUUAAGUUUUUUUUUUUCUUUUUUGUCUUUCUGAACAUAGAAAUUAUGGUGGACUAAAUAUUGAAAACGGGCCGAAUGGAAGGCCCAAAUUAAUUUUAGUUAUUUCGGCUAAUC